AUUAACUUUUCGCCUUGAAUCUCAUCUGGAUUCAUGGAGUAUUGGGGAGUGAGCAACCCUUUUCUAACAUAUCCUGCAAGAGCCAGACCUUAAAGAGCUGCCUUGAGCACCACGUUACCGAAGGACUGAAAGACCCUAAAAUCAGAUCCAGAAAUGUCCUUGGUGUGUCUGGCAGAUUUCCAGGCCCUUGCCCGGGAGCGUCUGUCUAAAUCAUCUUGGGAUUAUAUUGAUGGAGGAGCUGGUGACGGCAUCACACGGGAUGACAACGUUGCAGCAUUUAAAAAAAUUCGCCUUCGUCCCCGUUACUUGAAGGACAUGUCCAAGGUGGACAUCAGGACCACAAUCCAAGGGCAGGAGGUCAGCGCCCCCAUUUGCAUCUCACCCACAGGUUUUCACUGCCUGGCCUGGCCUGAUGGAGAAAUGAGCACAGCCAGAGCUGCACAAGCCGCUGAUGUCUGCUACGUCACCAGCACCUAUGCCAGCUGCACCUUGGAGGACAUUGUCACGACCGCCCCCAGAGGCCUACGCUGGUUCCAACUCUACGUGCUGCCCGAUCGGGAGCUAAACAAACAGCUGAUCCGGAGAGUAGAAUCCCUGGGUUUCAAAGCCCUGGUGAUCACGGUGGAUGUCCCCACACUUGGCAACAGGCGACACGACAUUCGGAACCAACUGGACUUGAAGUCAAACUUACUGCUAAAGAAUCUCCGGUCCCCUAAAGAGCAGGGAAACAUAAUGCCUAAUCUCCAAAUGACUCCCAUUGAUCCAUCCAUCUCCUGGAAUGAUCUGUCCUGGUUUCAGAGCAUAACUCAGUUGCCCAUCAUCCUUAAAGGGAUCUUGACCAAAGAGGACGCAGAGUUAGCUGUGAAGCACAAUGUCCAUGGCAUCAUCGUUUCCAACCAUGGUGGAAGGCAGCUUGAUGAGGUUUCUGCUUCUAUCGAUGCCUUGCCAGAAGUGGUGGCUGCCGUGAAGGGACGUGUUGAAGUAUACGUGGAUGGUGGGAUCAGGUCUGGCAACGACGUGCUCAAGGCGCUGGCCCUCGGGGCUAAGUGUGUGUUCGUCGGGAGACCAAUCCUGUGGGGUCUUGCCUGCCAGGGUGAACACGGUGUUGAAGAAGUUCUGAACAUUUUAAAAAAUGAAUUUCGCACUUCCAUGACUCUGACUGGCUGUCGGUCUGUCAGUGAGAUCAAUCGGGACCUGAUCCAGUUCUCCAGGUUGUAAAGUACAAGAGUGAAUAAUUGGACCACUAAGGUUGCCAAUGGAAGAAGAACAAUUCAGCACAGAAGGACACUGUUCUCGCUCACACCCUCUCUCACUCAGUGGCUCAACCCGAAACCCUAAACCACUCUUCCAUGAUGGCUGGGGACCCUAAACCCCUUAACUUUCUCAAUGUGCAUGGUCUCCUACUUUUUUGCUCCACUCUUACCUGAAAUCAUCUGAAACGACCUCAAAAGGGUGGAUCAAUACCAACAAAAAAAUUAAUGGAUCAUAUUUUAGCAUGUCUUGCGUAUCUUUGCCAAAAAGGUGGGGGGGGGGAGAAAUUGGCAAUCUGGACAGGAAAGUGAUUUGCAUAAAUUAUUCCCCAACCAAAAAUUAAAAUACUCUGUCUAUAGAUACCAGGAAAAUAAUACACUUUGGAAUCCAGGCUCUGGAGCUAUACAGGCAUGCUGAUAUUUCGGAUUGCUUCUGAUAAGCUACAUGACUUGGGAAAGUUUUUCAGUCUCCCUGUGGUUCCAUCUCCUUCUCUAGAGAAGUUCUUUCUGCCAGCUGGCUAUCUAGGUUGGGAAAAAAGUGAAGUGAGGUAAUGUGCAUAAAAUCCAGAGUAUAAUGCUUAGUUCUCUGUAGAAAGUCUAUAAAAUAUCAGCCGUUAUUAUUAUUAUUUGGAAACUUCACAUUAAUCUUGGAAGAGCUUGUUAAAAUAUCACCUAUUCUUACCCUUGGCUACUUGCAUAAUGUUUUCUGUUGCACUUUGCAUUUUCCACCAGUAUGCUCCUGAUUAUAAUUAUAAUUACUUACGUGUAUGGCUCUCUUCAUAAAUAAACUAUAUAACCAGUUGAAAAUAAAAAAACUACAUACUCGAUACUGAAAUUGUCAUCUAGCAGCAUAACUCUUGUAGAAGAGUGAAUUAAUAAAGAGCUAGAAAAAUAAAUAUACAUCUACCAGAAUAAAAAAGGCCCUCCCGUUGAUCA